CGCGAUCAAAUCGUCUGCGAAUUUUCAGUGUAUAAACGUUUUGUUGCAACGUAGUCACAGUGCCACCGAUCGUACCGAAGCAGAACGUUGUCGUUGUCUUGUCCCGCGCGACAAUAGAUCGCAUAUCGUCCAUUUGUCGUCGUCGUCAUCAUCAUUGCUUUUCGAAAAAUUGUGCAGCGAUAAGACGUUGCCAUUUACAGACCACUGGCCUGCAUUGUGUUCGCGAGUUCACCAACGCGCUGUGAUUUUUCGUACUUUUUUUAGAGGUCUUGACCGCUGUUGAGAGAAAAAGUCUCCAAAAAGUGUCCUUUGUGCGCGAGUCCCCCGAGUGUUCAUUGUUGUUUUUUAACCGCAUAUAUUUGCCGUGUGCUUUUCGUGGCAGGCAAUGAGCCCGAAAUUGCAUGAAUUCACUGUUGUGCUGCGACGUGAUGGCCCCGACACGCCCUGGGGUAUACGUCUCGUCGGUGGCAAUGAUCUGGAUACACCGCUCAUCAUAACCAGGGUUCAAGUCGGCAGUCCCGCCUACGGAGAAGUGCUGCGCGGCGACAUUAUCGCCAAGAUACGUGACUAUGACGCACGUGACGUAAGCCACGCUGACGCCGAGACCUUAUUCCGCAAUGCAGGCAAUGAAAUUAAAAUCGUCGUACAUCGUGACAGUAAAAUCGCAUACACACAAGGACUUGGCAGCGAUCCGUACAAAGCUGGGCUAGGCCCCUCACCAGUGAACAGCAUUAGUCCAGAUUUAACCAAUGCCAAUGUGCCACAUAGAGGACCCUCACCAUUCUUGCCAGGACCCGGCCAAUAUGAGCGCGCUCUACAACUGCCUGUUGAUUCAUUGCCGCAAACAGUAUUUCCGAAACUGAACGCCUCGGGCGGCUAUGUACCACCGUUGCCACAGCCACAGGGCGGCUGCUUCAGCCCAAUGCCAACACGCGAUCACCAGCAAGACGUCGCCGAGGAACAAGCGGCCAUUGUGAAUCAACCCUACCGAACAACUCCAUUGGUACUUCCCGGUGCCAAGGUCAAGAAGGAUGCCCCAACCACAGAAUCUUACUUGAGGUAUCACCCAAAUCCGGCUGUGCGCGCUAACCGCGGCCACGAUUUUCAUGACAGUGUGAUGAAGCAACGCGUCGCUGACACCAUGUUGCACAAGGUCGUUGGUCAGGAUGCCGAUUCUGGCAGGGUAUUCCACAAACAAUUCAACUCUCCCAUUGGCCUGUACUCAGACAGCAACAUUGAGAGUACCAUCAGACAAACAGUUCCUGCCAGUACUGAAAGUCCGCGCAUAAGGAGUAGUCCUUUGCAUCGCCCAAUGCCGACCAAACUUGACCGUUAUAAGAAGACUCUUCAUUUCGAUCCAUCGAAGAGCGAAACUUAUAGAGCCAUACAGGAGGAGGGCUAUGGCAAUGGUUAUGCCCCACCACAGGAAGUGACAGUGCCGGUACAGCCAAAGGUCUUCCAACCAAACCGAUUGGUUCCAGGAAAGAAACCCAGCUCAACGCUCGUUCCCCCCACGGCGUACAAUGUGGUAAACACACACGAUGACUCCAUCCGCCAGAGUUCAUCCUUCAAUCGCUUGAUGUACAGUGUAUUGGGUGCGUCGGAGUACUAAGUUCUAUAAAUGUCUAAAAAAAUGUUUCAAAUACGAGUUAGCCCAACGAUGUAUCCGAAACAACAAAACAACACACACAAACAAUAAAGAACAACUUAAAUAACGGUAGACUUAAAAAAAAAAAACAAUGUAAAAUGAUUCAAAUAUAUCGAAAAUGUUUUUCAGUACAUCCAAGCAAAAAUAAAUAAGUGAAUAUUCGUAUACUUAAUAUUAUAACAUUAUAAUCAUAUACAAGUAAAUUAUCUAACAUUAACAAAACCGUCAGGAAUGCACAUAGCAAGGUUCCAACAAUUGCAAAAUAUAAGUUUUAUAAUAUAAAAAUAAUACGAAUUAUACAAAACCGAAAUUUGUGCACAAAUUAAUAAGUUUAAAAAAUUUAAAAAAACAAAAGUAUAAAAAAGAAAUGUAAUAAGUGUAUUAGGCGAUUCAAAAUUAUUUAAAAUAAAAAUAAUAACAAAAAACUCAAAAUCGGUGAAUUUUUAAUAUUUGCGUAAAUUUAAAUGAAAUACUAACCUUAUUGAAGAAUGUAUUUUAUUAAAACUUUAGCAUGGUAAAUUUAAAAAAAAAAAUCGAGUGUUUCUAGUCUAUGGAAAUGGAGAAUUCACGUGACCGAGUUGGUCAGUCGUCGUCGUCUAAUUUCGUAACGAUGACUUCUUGUGCGUGAAUUUUUCAUUUCACUGCAAUUUGCAAGAAUUAAACUUAACCGUAAAUUUACGAAAUCAUUUAUAAAAUAUAGUGCUAAUAAAAUAAAAAUAAAAACUCAUUGGACUGGAGAAUUUCUA